AAGGAAAGUAAGACAAAUAAAUUGAAACGGAGGAAGUAUAUUAGAAGUGUCAGACCACUUUAUCUAAAAGCUUAACAUGUUAGAGAUGGUAAACUUUCAUUGACUUAAUUAUAUAUAUAGUAUAUGUCUUCAACACCCCCUUAUUCUUCUUUUAUGGGCUAAGCAUGUGAUUUUUUUUUUAUUUUUUUUUAAUAUGGGUGGUGGCAGAAUUCUAAGAAGCGAUUUGAGAAGAUGUAAAAAUGCUAUAUCUAGAAGCUAAGAGGAUUCAACAGUUUAUAUAUGUGUUAAAAAAAAUAUUUUUACCUAUUUCAGUGGCAGAACUAAGUAGAAUGAAUGGGUUUGAAUCCUCAUUGUCAAAAAAUUAUACUGCACAAAUAGAAUAAAAAUGAUUUUUGGUUAUAUGCUGACUGUUGAAUCCCCUUGACUGAAAAGUUCUACUAUAGUGAUAAAGGGGGUUUAAAAGUUGUUGUAGCUCAUAGCUUCAUAUCCCAUUUGUGACAUUCCAGAAUUUUUAUAAAUUCCUGGCUACACCACUGCCUACUUGCAUAGUUAAAUUUUCGGAUGGAAGGAAUUCGGUUUAACCCCCUUACUUACUACUUUUUGCUCCGCCGCUGGUGGUUGGACUUCAACAUAGUAUCACUAUGUGAUACCAUCUUGAAGUAUGUGAUCACCUUAUUUAAAGUUAAAUAUUAGAGAGGUCACACUUUUAUUUGCACAAUAUAAUUAUGUCUUUUAACACAAUAGAUUCCCUUGAUGGAUCACACUCUAGUCUGUUAGCAAUUUGGAGAUGUUUUUAAGUAAUGGAGAUUCUAAGUUUUGGUUUAGAAGUAUAAUUAUGUUUUUCUUUUCAGAUAAAGUAUUCUCCUUGAAACUUCAGGUUUUGAUAUUUGGCGACUUACCGGUAGCUUGUUUAUCUCUGUAAAGCAUCAUUUGAUAUUAAACUAGCGACUGGAAUAGGUGCAAAAUAUUGCAAAGUGAAAAGUCUUGGAAUUCCUUUUACCUUCUCUUCUUAUUUUUUCUUGGACAUAUUUGAUUUUUCACUGUGUUUCGUGCUUUUUAGCUCCUAAGCUCUAAUCUCUAUUCAUUGUUCCAUUUGCCCUCUCUUUCUCUAUGAUCCAAUUUCAGAAAAUGGAAAACAAAGAGGAACAUGAGGAAACUGCUCCUCCUAGAAAUGAGUGGGAAGUGGUGUCGCUCACACAGUCAGCAUAUGCUGCUGCCCCUGGUCCAAGACAGGUUGAUCUCGCUGAUGAUAGUAAUGCAAAGUAUGUAGCUGAAACUUCUGAUCCAAUGUUUAUGUCGGGGCACUUUGGAUUUCCACAAAAUCAGCAUGUGAAUUCAGCAGUGCAACCAGAUAAUGAUGAGGUUCUGAAUGAGCAGGGUGGAGAAGAUGCUACUCCUGGAUUUGUUGCUGACAAAGGCGUUAAUUCAGAUACAUAUGAAGAGAGUACAAAAACAAAAAGAUUGAGCACAACGGAAUUUCAUGCUGAGAAUUCGGCAUUGCAACCAGAUAAUGACGAGGUUCUUAAUAAGAGGGGUGGAGAAGAUACUACUUCUGAAUUUGUUGCUGACAAAGGGGUUAAUUCAGAUACAUGUGAUAUGAGUACAAAAACUAAAGGACUGAGCACAAUGGAAUUUCCUGGAGAUCAAAUCUUUGAUGAAAAGAUUAACAUUUUAUCAUUAAGUGGUGCAGAAUUUGAAGAAGAUGCAGCCUUGCAGGGGGCAAGUUUGGUGGACAAAGAGCAGAAUUUCUUUGGUUCUGCUACAUAUAGUUCUUUCCAUAGUGAAGAACCCAUGGGUGUGUCAGCAUCAACAGAAGAAAACAAUAUGCUAGCAGAACCAGUUGAAGAAGAUUCAGGCAUAUCUAAUUUGCCAAAGGCUAAAGAUGAAGAUAACGAUGAUGCAGUAAAUCUUCCUUGUCAAGCCUGGUGGAAAAGGCGAGCUGUUUCACUUAUUGCCCAUGCUAAAGAUGCAAAUGCAUUCUGGUCCAUUUUCAUUGCUGCAGCUGUUAUGGGCAUUGUGAUUAUUGGCCAGAGAUGGCAGCUGAAAAGGUGGCAGGUAUUGGAAAUGAAGUGGAAGUUUGGAGGACAUGAUGAGAGAAUGAGCAGGGCAUUUAUUAGUCCCAUAUCCCGAUUGAAAGAAGUGAUGAUUGGGAGUGGUCGCCCUGGUUCCUUUAUCCGAGGGAGUGCAUCAGCACAACGUUAAGAUGAUGAUGACGAAAAUGAGCUUGUCUGUGUGCAAGUCAUAGCUUAGGUUUGCUUUCAGUGUACCUAAUAUUAUUUACUUUUCAUGGGGUUUAACGAGUGGAUGUGUUGUUUUAAUAGGGUUGUAAUGGUGGAAUCUGUGAGCAACAUUGAUGGGUAAAAACUAGUAAAUGUGUUGAUUCCCA